UACUCCCUGUAUAUUUGAAAUGAAUUUAGACUCAAAUGUAUCAAUUUCGAGGGAAGGAGAAAAUCAUAUCCAACAUGAUAAUACCGCAUCUUCUGUGAAGAAAAGUGCAGUGGAUCAAUGCAAAAAAUCUUCAUUAUUAAUAGAUGAUUCAAGCAUGGCAGAUGCUGAAGAAAUCGAAUGGGAUCCAAUGUUCUGCAGUCUUCCAUUUGAUGAUAAGGAACAAUCCAAAGAAGCAAGUGAGAAAAAUCCAAUACUUGUUGCGACUCCAACAAAAAUGUCAUGGACCCCAACUCAAACUCCUAAGAGUGGGAAUGUGACUACUGGGGAAGCAUCUUCGAAUUCAAAAAAAUCAAGAUCUGCAAAGUUGGUUUCACAUGAAUGGAUUCAAAAUUAUGAGGUUAUAUCUAAACCAAGAAGCCAAGGUGGGAGGGUUGAUAAGUUCUAUCAUCAUAAGUACACAGGGAUGAAGUUUCGAUCUUUGAAAGAGGUGGAAAGGUAUGAAAAUUAUGGAAUUCUUCCAGGGCCUAGAAGGAAAACACAAGAUAUUGAAAAUCCUAAAACACAUGCUGAUGAGGAAAUGGUUGGUAUUGAGGUAAAGGAAACAAAAACCAAAUACAAGAAACAAGAAUCAUCUGAAGAGGAUUUCAUUGAUAUUAUUAAGAAAGCAGACAAAGAAGAAAGAAAGCGAAUGGUUGAAGAUUUUCUGAGAGAAGCUUCUUACAACUUGAUGCACUCUUUUGAUGGUGAUUCUCCUGACGCUUCAUCAUCAAUAUGUUAGGAGAUUGGUUUAAUCCCUUCCUGGAAUCAAACUGCAUUUUGAGAUACUUUGGAUUAUGACUUAUAUUAUUAUUAUUAUCUUACCUUAUUGUAAAUCUAUUAAAUCGUUGCAUUCUGGAUUUUAUUUGGAUGCGGUUAUAUUUCGUAUACAAAAG